AUGCCCAAAAUGCGCGUGGGCUGGUACGCCGGGGUCUCCACGGCCCUCGCUGGGGCUGUCAUCAUCUCCGCGUUCCAGCAGCGGGCUAACUUCUACUCUGCGAUGGUCUACCUGGCCCAAAGCAAUUUCUGUUUGCUUGUCUUGGUGAAUUUCACUCUUCUACUAUAUAGCAGCUUCGUUUACGGCCUCACCAAACUAUGCUACGGUACCUUGCGAGCUGUCGAAGUCGAGCAGCUUACUGAACGGGCUUGGUUCGCCAUCACGGAGACAUGUCUUGCCAUGACCAUUUUUCGGGAAGAGAUAGGUGCUUGGUUCCUUGUAAUGUUCACUACCCUCGUCACCGGAAAAGUCUGGGGAUGGAUUGGGGAUGGCCGGGUGGAAUUCUUGGAACAGCAACCCCCCGCAAACCCAAGACUAUUCCACUUGAGGCUGAGUGUUUCUCUUGCCCUGAGUUUCAUUUAUGAUGUCUGGAUCCUCAAAUACACCAUCGACACGGUAAUAAGACAAGCUCGGCCGAACAUGAUGGUAAUGUUUCUCUUUGAGUUCGCCGUCUUGGCUACAUGUUCAUGGCGAACAGCAGCCCGCUAUGUCCUUUCGAUUACCGAGCAGAGCAUUGUAAGUGUUCAAACCAGACAACGUCUGGCCGAGCGGAGGCUAGAGCUCAGCCGACGACGGGAAGCCAUGGUCCGGGCCAGGGAUCAGGCUGCAGCCAGCGGUCACGAGCACAACUCACAUCAGGAACCAAUACCGGAUGAGGAAGAGGAUAUCGAUGAGAUGGACAUUGAAGUUCCAGGGUGGGCAGCAAAGGGAGAAUGGGUGCUGUGGCUGGAUUUGGUUACUGACAUGAUCAAACUCGGCAUCUAUGUCGCCUUCUUCUGUAUGCUGCUCAGAUUCUAUGGUUUACCCAUACACAUAAUGAGAGACCUCUUCAUGACGUCGCGAGAUUUCAUCAAGCGACUGAAUGCGCUUUUGCGAUAUCGACGCGCUAUCCGGGAAAUGAGCAAAUAUCCCGACGCCACCGUUGUUGAACUCUCGCAAGAGAACACAUGCAUCAUCUGUCGAGAGGAGAUGCGACUCUGGGAUCCAGCUAAUCAACCUAGCGCAAUAAACAGGGCCCGCCCAAAGAAACUCCCCUGCGGCCAUGUACUGCAUCUUGGAUGUCUGAAGAGUUGGCUCGAACGUCAACAGGUCUGCCCGACUUGCAGAAGCCCUGUUGCGAUAAACCGUGCCGGAAGUGGGGUGAACAGACCAGCUGGUCAGCGGUUCCAGCUGGACAACGUUGCCCAAGUACCCGAUCGGCAUCAACAACCUGCGUUCAAUAACAAUGGACUGAAUGGCGGGCAACCUUUGAACAACAACAACAACAACAACGGUCAGCCCGCUCCGCCGAGGGGCGGUGGCGCUAGGGUGUUCAAUAUCGGCCCUCUGCGGUUAGCUUUCGGUGCUAAUGCCCAGCAAGCUCGCGAAAUUGUUCAACGGAUUGGCGGCGGCCAAGACGAGAGAAAUCAGACUCAGGGGCCGACAUCGACGCCAAACCAAAACCAGCCCCAAGCAGGAGAUAAUGUUCAGCAAAUCGGCAAUCUGCUCGCGCAAACGGAGAAUCUUAUAAGACGAGAAGUUGAAAGCUUGCAAGCCUCACAACAGGAAGUGCAAGUGGCUCAUCUGCUGAUGACGGAGCUCCAGCGCCUUCGCCAGCGGCGACCGCAACAGGACCCUUCACUCAGGUCUCAGCCUGCAGUUUUGCCGAUGGUGAAUGGGAUGGUGAAUAUAACGCUGCCCCCAGCUCAACAUUUCCAUCAUCUGGCUCAAGGCCAUACCCACACGGCUUUGGCCUCCCCCGGUCAUGGUAUUCCCUCAUUCGGCAGCCCAUUCGUAGUUCGCCAUGGGCCGGUGCCGAAUGGUUCGGCGAUUCCCGCCGGUAGUCCCGAGCUCCCGCACGGCGUCACCUUGCCGCCUGGUUGGUCAUUAAUUCCUCUGCAGAGGCUUAAUGGAUCCCAGACGCAACAACCACAGCCACAGCAAUCGAUGCAUCCGGCCGAAACUUCCGCUUCUGGCGAACUUGACAAUCCUCAACAUGCGGCCAUGGACUUCGAGCCAACGUCUGUGAACGCAAUGCCAGAGGAUGACGACCGAAUAGCAGGGACCAAUGUCUCGGGAGAUGGGGCUGUGAGGUCGAUUCUAGAGAAUGUUGCGACGAACGUGUCCAAUACGACAGGUGUUGCGCCCACGGCAACGCCCAUGGCAGCGCCCAGGCCGAUCCCACCGAACUACGAGGUCCCUUCUCAGUUGCUGGCCCAUCAGUCCCAGCACGAUGUGCCCGAGAGCCACGUCCGUUCAUCUGAUCACCUGGAACCUACUGAAGAGCAACAAAAAAGCGAGCAACUGGCCACAGCUGGGUCUGGGUCUGGUGGCGGUGACUUGGUUUCAGGCGACGCGGCUCAAGCUAGCAAUGAGCUCUCUCAGGAUGUCGGUGGGAAAGGAAAAGGCAGGGCUGCCACCGUGGAAGAUUCAUACGAGGAGGACGAGAACUGA